UACCGAGCAUUGAAGCUUAACAUUGAUGCAGUGGAUAUCUCUGGGUACACUCUAGGUACAAUACAUGGGUACACUUCAUAAAAUUUCAACAGAUCCGGCCUCAAAUGUCCGCAGCAGAAACCAUCACGAUUUCCAUUGAGCCUUGAGCCACUACGAUGGCUCGUGAUGGUUUGAUAAUUGCCUCAUCUCGUCCUCCGUAACAUUCGUUACUACAUUAUCAUCUGGAAAUCCUCAUCAAUCAUGUUGGCAUUCUCUAUUCGCGGCUUCGCAGGCUCGCGUACUCUUAAUAGACCCUUCAACCGAACCAUAGCUUCUGCCUGCCAUAAAGCUUUCGAAACUAUUCCAUCUUCGCCAAUUCGAGUACUACGAUCGGUCGAAUCGGUUAGAAGAUGGAGAAAGCCCCAUUACCUCGAUCAUAGGAUUGUUGGCCUGGUACCCACCAUGGGAGCCCUGCAUGAAGGUCAUAUUUCUUUAAUACGCUCCGCAGCCCGCGAAAGCCAUCACGUCGUCGUCAGCAUAUACGUAAACCCGGCACAAUUUGGAAUCAAGGAGGACUUGGCUUCUUAUCCUGUCACUUGGGAAUCGGAUUGUAAAAUCUUGGCUCAACUAGACCGUGAGUUGGCCGACGAUGGCGGGAACCUAGGUCGCAUCAGCGCUGUUUUUGCGCCAACCACUCCCGAUAUGUAUCCAUCCGGCUUUCCGGGCCAGGAAGUGGACUCAAAGGGAAGUUUCGUGGUCUUAACGCCAAUAAGUGAACUUCUUGAAGGCGGUACUCGACCAACCUUUUUCAGGGGUGUGGCUACUGUUUGCAUGAAACUUUUCAACAUCGUGCAACCUGAAAAGGUGUACUUUGGCCAAAAGGAUGUCCAGCAGACAGUAGUGAUCCGGAAGAUGGUCAGGGACUUUAUGCUACCUACCGAGGUUGUUGUUGGCCCUACCAUCCGAGAGUCCGACGGCCUUGCUCUAAGCUCGCGGAACGUUUACCUUGGCGAGAGGCGACGCAAAGUUGCUACCGUAUUAAAUCACGCAUUGAGAGCAGCCGAGUCCCAAUACUUGAACGGAAGUCUAGAUCGGGGAGCGAUCCUGAAAGCUGCCAGCUCUGUAGCUACGGAUCUUUUAAACAAGCAAUCAGCCUUAUCCCCCGAGAAAAGGGUAAGGUAUGAGAUAGACUAUAUCUCACUUGCAGAUCCUCUAUCGAUGGAGGAACUAAGUGAAGUUAACCCAACAGAGGGUGGCAUCCUAAGCGGCGCAGUGAAGAUGCUGCCCGUUGAAUCACCGCAGCCAGGCGAAGACUUAGGACAUAGCGGAGGACCAGCAGUCCGCCUCAUAGACAACAUUGUCUUGAAACCCCUUGCAAAGGUCUAGGCUAAGCAAUGCUUGAAUAUACCCAAGAAGUUUAUUAAUUACCUACAAAGCAAGAUAUUCUCAAAAUUUGUCUCAUUAUAAUCUUUCAUAAUUUUCUCGGAUCCCGAGCCUCUGCGUCAAUAUGCCUCCCUUUUCUGCUGACCUGUCAUCCCACCAAUACUAUUGGCUUGUUCUGCUACUUUUACUCGGGAUUUUCCCAUUUAAUACUCAGAGUAGACCUCAAAACAUGGAACAUGCAGAGGUACAUACGUACAUAUGUACAGGGCAAGGCCAAAGAUAAUGCACCAGUUUUGACAUCCUAAGUAUCUUGUCUGCUCCGUACAGCGGAUAUACAAAUAUCGUUGUAGUUCUGGUAACCAGAGGAUAUCGCUACGAUGCGGCUAGGCUCCGCAUGCAGUCUGACGAUGAAUUAUGACGAUGUACAUGAGUACUAUGUAUGUUAAAGAAUUUGGGUACAAAUAUACAUGACUCGAGUUAAGGGGGGGUGGUUCCUGUUGGGAUA